GCUUGUGCGGCUGGAGGAAAAGUUGUGUGUGCUGAUCUUAGUGAGUGUAAGCGUGUGUUUGUGCACAUAAGGUCUAACAUGUGGGAUUUGUGAGCGAGAACAGAGUUGGUAGCUUUGUUUGUCGCCAGAGUUUGGCUGGAGAGAACCGGGGGGUGAAAAGUGGAGGAAGAAAUGUAACAAAGAUACGUUUGGAACAUGACAAAUUAUGGUUAACUUAUUUCAUUCCAGUCUAGAAAGAUUCAUAGUUGUUGUGUUUUAAUUUCAGGUAAAAGAAUAUCACAGCUUGAGUUCAAUCUUCUUUUUAAGAUUUUUUUUUUUUCCUUUAACGCGACAUAAAAAUUUCCCCUGAUGAGGACUCGUGUCUUCACUAGCAGAACGACAAACUACAUUAUUAUGGAGUUAUUAUAAAAAAAUAUCUUUGUCCGAUCUUGUUAGUUUAAUCACUGCUCAGUAGAUAUGAUUGAUAGCUCGCUCGGUGCGCCCUGCCCAGCUUCUCCCGGCUUGAUGAGAGACUGCCAUCGGAUGGUGUGUGAGUGUGAGCCUAUCAGUCUUUAUCUUCUGGGGGGGAAACAGGAGCUGCCGCUUAGCUCACUUUGGCCAAAUGUCAAUUUAAACAGUAAAUCCACUUGAGACCGCGACUUCUUAAAACAGAUACGACGCCGAGAGGCAAACAAUGACUGUAGGUAGGCUCUGGAAGUGCAUUCUUUUUCAUCUAUAGUAUACGACAGGCUAAUUACUUUCUUAUUUUAACAUACAGGCCAGCAUGUUAGCGCAUGAAAAGCCAACACGCAGUAGUUUCAGUUAGUUCAUUUAAAUAAUUAAUACCGGUCAUUUCGCACAGUUUCGAACGCGUCUCCGCCAAUCAGCGACGAGGAGGAACUGGCGCUUUAAUAAGGUCCAUUAUCAGCUACCUGCUGUUUUAACGCGCUCACUUUAAGCUCCCUUCAAAGAGGCUCCUUAUCAUCGGCUCAAGGCGCUAUCAGAUAAUACUGCUGAUGCCUGCCCCGUCCUCUCAUUACCGCGCCGAUCUGUGCUGCUGUCCCCUACUCUCACUCUAUUUAAAAUUCUUGACAUUUUUACAAGAGCACCAAGGGUGAAUUACUGAGUCUAAAAUAAAGCAACGAGCUAUUAAUCACGGGAAAUAGGCCCUCUUUGUCUCAAUGCGUCUGCCUCAAAGUUUAGCAGAAGUUCACGUGAUUUUAGAAUCUAAAUGGUCCAAGCGUUCAAACCUCAAUGAGAUACUAAAUGUAACGGUAUAUCAGCCUAGCAGAAACAACGCAGGGCUUAGCGGAGGAGGCCGUGCUAUGAGAGCUGACUUUUGAGUCUGAGCCAGGAGAUCCAACAGCUCUUUGUAUUUGUGUCCUGUGUGAAGUGGAGCCACUGUCCAACCAUGAGGAGUAGCUCUCAUGUCCUGCCUCUUGGUGUGCUCACGGCUCUGCUGCUGUCUCAGGUCUGCUCUGGCAUCAAAUGGCUAGCGCUAUCACACACUCCUGCAACUUUACACAUUAACCAGACUCAACACUGUAAGCUGCUGCCUGGCAUGGUGUCUUCCCAAGCUCAGCUGUGUCGCAGCAACCUGGAGCUCAUGCAGACCAUUAUCCAAGCUGCCCGCGAAGUCAAGAAAACAUGCCAGAAGACCUUUGCUGAUAUGCGCUGGAACUGCUCCUCUAUUGACAUCCCCGCCGAUGUCCCGAAGUAUCGGCCAGACCUCGACAGAGGAACCAGAGAGGCUGCAUUUGUCUACGCCCUGUCCGCAGCAACCAUCAGUCACACCAUAGCACGGGCGUGCACUUCUGGAGAUUUGCGUCUGUGCUCCUGUGGUCCUAUUCCUGGUCAGAUCCUAGAGCCUGGCUAUCGCUGGGGUGGCUGCGCUGACAACCUGCAGUACGGUUUGAUCAUGGGAACCAAGUUCUCUGAUGCUCCCAUGAAGAUGAAGCGCGCAGGCUCCCAUGCCAACAAACUGAUGCACCUGCACAACAGCGAAGUUGGGAGACAAGUAUUGAGAGAGGCAUUGGUCAUGAAAUGUAAAUGUCACGGUGUGUCUGGCUCCUGCUCCAUAAGGACCUGUUGGAAAGGCCUGCAAGAUCUGAGGGAGAUCGCCAUGGACCUGAAGACCAAAUACCUCUCUGCCACCAAAGUGGUUCAUCGGCCCAUGGGGACGCGUAAGCAGCUGGUACCAAAAGACAUUGACAUCAGGCCGGUGAGAGAGAACGAACUGGUCUACCUGCAGAGCUCCCCAGACUUCUGUACCAAGAAUGAGAAACAGGGCUCUGUUGGCACACAGGACAGGCAGUGCAACAAGACCUCCACCGGCAGUGACAGCUGCGACCUGAUGUGCUGCGGCCGUGGAUACAACCCGUACACGGAGAAGCUGGUGGAGCGUUGUCACUGCAAGUACCACUGGUGCUGCUACGUGACCUGCAAGAAGUGUGAGAGGAUCGUGGAGAGAUAUGUCUGCAAAUGAGUCCCACCAGAAGCCCCCUACUUGUACCCAGCCACCCGAGGCUACAGAUUAACCAAAGCACUACAAUACCAAGAGGGCUUACUUUUGUCUUAAGCUUUAGCAUGUGUAUCUCAAGGAUGGUCUUUUCUUGUGUCAGUAUCAUUUUUGUAUCAAAUCUCCAAACUGCCAAUUGGACUUCCAAGCUUUUUCGGCUUCACAAACCUGGAUGUGUGGCGACAGCGCCUGUUUACGUGAAGACCGCCGUCCUCCUGGGUAUUUCCUUUUUCUUGUUAAUGAUUAUAAAUCCAUAACAGGGAUACUGAAAGUCUAUUUUAUUAUAUCUCUAGUAAAAAGAAAUAAUAUUGGAUUUUAUGCUGGAGGAGAGGGAUUUUCUUUUCCCCUCACUAGACAGAGACUUAUGUUUGGCUUCAUUCCUUGGAAAUCGAAGCGUUCUGAUGGAUCCAUGUGGUACUUUUUUAGGUACUAUUAACACAUUUUUCCUCUGCAUUGAUGGACAAUAGAGGAAAAGGAAACACAAAGGGAAUUUCAAGUACUUUUCAAUCAUGGAACAUUUUUGUGGCUGACGUUUUGGACUCUCACUCGUGUCUUGUGUGGAUCUUCACAUUGCCUGCAUCCCUGUGGAUUGAGAGACGAGCAUUAAGGACUGUAAAAUGGUGCAUUAUCUCCUUUAUGUCUGACAUGCAGUUUAAAAUAUAUUCUAUUUUUCAUGAGCAUAUGAGCUGAACUCAUGGAUUUUGUAAACCACUUUUGUGUGGAUGUACAUACUGUUAUUUUGUAUACUGAAAUAAAGAAAGAAGUAUUUAUAAAAUAA